AUGAUCGUAUUUGGAAAUUCCCUUCGUGUCAGUCAUCUUACUUUUCUUCCUAAACGUUUUCUGAGUAUAAGUCAAUUAAAAGAAAGAAGUCUUAUAUGCGUUCAUGGCACAUCAGCCGAUGAGUUUCUACAAGGACUUAUAACAAAUGAUAUCAAAUCUAUAAAUCAACCUAAUUCAUUCAUGUAUUCAUUGUUUCUCAAUUCGAAGGGUAGAGUUCUAACUGAUGCAUUUAUCUAUCAUACUAAUCGUUUAUCGACUAAUCAGUCUGAUUAUCUUGUUGAAGUUGACGUCAGUUGCGUACCUGAUAUGGUUAAACACUUAAAGCAAUAUAAUUUACGUGGGAAAGUUAAGAUAGACGCCGAUUUAUCAGUGUAUCCUUGGGUCGCUAUGCCGACAUCAAGACACUCGAAUCAACUGAAUAAUUAUAAAGCAUGGUUACCAGUGAAUUCACCUGAUAUUAGUGAUCAACAACAGUUGAUAUUUUUUGCUUCAGAUCCUAGGGGUAUAUCUGGUUGGUCUGGACGCAUACUGUCAACAUCUAGUACAAAUGUCACUAGUAUUUUCCCAUCAUGCAAUACACAACCACUUGAUAUAAACCUGUAUCAUAAUGCACGUUGGGAAUUGGGCUUACCAGAAGGUAUUAAGGAAUUAAUUACAAGUGAUACACUACCGUUCGAAGCGAAUGCUGAUUUAUCCGGUGGAGUUAGCUUUUCCAAAGGAUGUUAUAUUGGUCAGGAGUUGACAGCACGGACACACUUUACUGGAGUUACUCGGCGAAGAUAUGUGCCGAUUAAAAUAGUGUCGAAGGGGAAUAUUGAUGUUUUAAAAACGUCAAACAGUGUCAAUCAUUUAUACAAUGCACCAAUUUAUCAAAUGAAUAAAAAUGAUAAAACCUAUGAAUUAUCAAAGUUAAAAUUAAUUGGAUGGAUUAGAAAUGUAAAUAUGAAUAAUUUUAUUAUAAUGAAUAAUAAUAAUUAUAAUGAGAAUGAUUUAAAUAUUGAUAAUGAAUUAAUCAGUGGUAUAGCAUUGAUACGUUUAACUGAUAUCAAUGAACAACAAUAUAAACUAGUAGUAAAUAUCCCUAUUCAUACUGAUUGUGAUCAUCAUCAUCAUAAUAAUAAUAAUAAUAAUACUAAUAAUGUAAUACAAUUAGAUAUUAUUCCAUAUAUACCAUCAUGGUGGCCUGAGAAUAUAGCGCCAACAAUUAAACGAAUUACAUGUACAUAA